AUGCAUGACCAUGACCAGUGGUUAGACAUUGAUGUCGUCAUUGACACAGAUGCAUAUUCCCUCAGACACACCAGGGAGGAGUUGAAAGAAAUGUUGCAAGAUUUGGUCAUCACUGAGGCUGAUGCUAACUCUCUUUCUGAAGAUGUCACCCCCCAUACCCAUGGUAUUUCAACAUCAAGUGAAGAGGAAGAGGAAGUUCCUGCGAAAGUUCCACGCCUCCUCGCCAAAUAUAGCCGACACAGACACAGAAGUGGGGGGCCUUCACAAGAGGACACAACUAGGCGGCAACUUGUGAAGUAUCUUCAGGUGGUCAGCGAAUCUCAAUCUAUCCUGAGUGCCCUACAGUUUUGGCAGGACAUGGCCAAAAAGCUUCCAACCCUGUACAAGCUGGCAUGUAAAGUUCUCUCAGUGCCAGCAUCAUCUGCCCCUGUGGAGAGAAUCUCCAGCAGGGGAGGGAUCAUCAUGCGCCCACAUCGUGCACGUUUGUCAGCAGAGAUGCUGUUCAUUUUGAUGUUUCUGAAGUGCAAUGAAGAUAUUCUGUGAAAGGGACCUGUACCUAUACAAAAAAAAAACCUUUUCUGGCACAUUCCAGAAUCCGACAGAACAAAUGGUUGUUAAUAACUAUUGUAUUAUCAAGUACAGUAUUAUUGUAAAACAAGUACACAAAGGAUUUAACAGUAAUUAUCUAACAGCACAAGACAUACUCAGUUUGUUUUACAUCAAUAAAAGACUUUCAUUUCAA